UGAUAUCCCAUUUUAUCAUUUGAUAUCACUAUCUAUCCUCCAAUUUCCAAAAUGGCGUACUUUCGAAGCAGAAAAGAGUUACGUUGUGGCGAGUUUUGCGCAGCAUAAAAAAUUAACACGUCAAGGGAUGAUCGGCAGCGUUGAGUUUUGGCAAUGCAAUGGUCUGUAACUGUAGGUAUCGUUACUUUUAUCGUUUUUGCUGGAAGCGUUAAAGGAAUCUUGGCUUUUUCAUUUUGUGCCAUAGUAGCAUUCGUUUUUGCUCGAAACUUGUUCGAUGGAGCAAGUAAGCUCGAUUUUACGCCGUAUUUUGCGUCAAAAGGUCUCGGGUUUGGCAAAGAGAGGGAAGCGUCGAGUAGUACGACAAGGCUUUUCCCUCGCGGAUUAAGAACAUGUCGACAUGCUUUAAUACGAAAUAUUCUCAGAGAUUUCGUGAUAUCUUGGUAUGAAAAUGUAGCAAUUGGCGGAGACUUUAUUUUGGAGACUAGAUCGCUACUAGAGGAAGCGACUGUUCGUUUUUAUGACAAACUAUCAAGAACAUCGGUGAGCUCUCACACUGAGAAGUUAUGUAUCCUUUUGCACACGCAUCUUGCAACCACACAAACUGCAAAAGCAUUGAUGGCAGAAAGCCACAAAAAUUUUGUCGAAACGUAUCGUUCAUUGCAAGAAAAACCUCUUACUUAUCAAAAUGACGAGUUGCAAUAUCUACGAAAUGUCAUUGAUUUGUUACUUUACAGACUUGUACAGCCAAAAACAUUGGGCUGCGAUACCGGCCGAUUUAUCUUACGGGAAAUUUUGGCCUUCAAACUAAUGCUGCCCCUUGUAGACACAAUUUCUGACCCUAAUUUUGUGAACACAUCAAUAAUUAAUAUAUUUGGGCAAAACACAGAUGAGAAUCCACUAACAAGCUCGUUAGAAAUUAAUGAGACCUCAAAAUCUAAUUUAAAAGUGUCGACAUCUUUUAUGGAGUAUCUCGACCAGAAUUUGGAAUUAAAUGGCAAUACAAACCCUAGAACGUUGUCUCAAUCAGGGGCUGCAACAAAAUACAAGUUUAAAGAUGCCACUGUCAUCGAAAAAGAUCACAGUGAAAUUGUGGAACUUUCUAUGGAAGUCCAUUCGCAGGAGGAAAAUGGCUCGUCAAGUUUGGUCGGACCGGAUGAUAGUACCGUUGAUAAAACAGCAGAUAAAAUAAACGAAUCUGCCGUUUGCAAAAGACCUAAAAAUACAGCCAAAGAGCCCAGUCACUCAUCCAUAAUAAAUGGUCUUACCAAAGUUAAGAAUGAUAUAUUUAGGACUAAUAAGGAAAAAGGACAAAAUUCAAAACUCAAUGCCGUUUUGAGUGCCAAAAUUCAUCCGAGCGGAAUUAUGUUCGCUAGACAGUUACGAAAGGCAAACUCUUCUCCUGUUGUGAAGCAAAGUGCGGAAGCUAAUUUGGGAGAAUCUGUCCCGAAAGGGGAAAUUAGUUUGGAGGGAGUGUCGGAAACUGAUGCAUGUCCAGACUUGUUGAACGAAAGUGGUGAUAAUUGUUGUUCUCAGGGUACGUUGGUAAGUUUGGGUUGUGACGACACUGGUUUGGAAACCAUAAAUGGCGAUACUCUACUAUCUGAUAGCCAGUCCAAUCCAAAAUUUAUUUCCGGCAAUGUUGAACGAGAGUCCACAUCAAGCUUCGAAACAGUCGACAUGUAUGAUUGUGGUGUGAAAACAGAUGCUGUCGAUUUUCCCGAAAGUGGCAACUCGACCAAUGAUCUCAAGACAGUUGACCGACAAAUACUUGAAAUGUUGCCCAACGAUGAAAAAUCUAAACCUAGCCAGACGAAUGUUAAUCCGGCCAAAAGUCGGCACCACACGACAAGUUUUUCCAGUACGGAUGAGUGGGACAAUGAAGUUUUUGGGAAAUCAGAGGAAGGAUUAUUUGACGUUGGGGAAGAUUACAAUUUAGAGGCAAACAGCGUUGCUCUUAACUCAGGGCAGGCAGAAGAUGAUAUGGUGUCCCGAGCAGAUUUUGCAAUUCAUGACAUGCCCAAUCCUUGUUCAAUGAUCAGUAUUCUGUCCACUGAAUUGGUUACAGAUCACUCAUUUGAGCCAUAUAAAAGUCGAUAUACAGUCUAUGUUAUUGAGGUAAGCUUUUAUAUUUUGAACAACUUUUGCCUUGUCGGCAGUUGGUAGACAAUCGGAAUUGGUAGAAUUAUCUGUAUUUUCAAUCGCGUUUCAUGUUACACAAUCGCUCAAUCACUAAUUACUUUUAUAUUUUGAACUUUAUUUUCUCAAUGCAUAUAUUAUUUAAAAUUUUACACAUUUUGUGCAGUAUAACACACGACUGUGGCCACACUCUGAAAGUGAUGACCAUCCAGAAGAGACAGAGAGAUCAGAGACAGACACGCAAGGCAAUAUCAAAAGAAGAUAUCGAGAAUUCAUGGAGUUACAUCAUCGACUUUUGUGUGGGUCUUUUGCCAGCUUAAUGAAGGGUACAGUACAUUAAGUUUAACCUUACUAAGUAACUUUGUUUAUACUGGAUAACUCUGUCAGUUUAGACUGUGCUCCCUAGAGGUCCAGUAAUGACAAUCCUUAAUUGGUUCAGUCUUGAUUUUAUUUCAGAUAUUCCAAAGCCAAACAGAAAAUUCAAUUCUCCAUUUUUCCGACUGGACCAAGAUGUCAUUGAAGGAAGGCAGAUACUGCUUGAAAACUAUUUGAAGGUUGGACAUUGUGUUCUGCAUCGCUCUAUCAGUUCUAGGCCAACCUUUGUAGAUGUCCAAUAAGGAUCAUCUCUUAUUGAUGCAGUGUUACUACAGGAGAAAACCUACACUGGAUAGCUUUAUCAGUCCUAAACUGUUCUUCCUAGAGGUCCAGUAAGGAUGAUCUCCAGUGUUACUAAAGGAGGAAACCUAACCUAAACUAACUCUAUUUAUACUAGAUAGCUCUAUCAGUUCUAAACUGUUCUCCCUAGAGGUCCAGUAAGGAUUAUCUCUUAUUGAUCCAGUGUUACUAAAGGAGGAAACCUAACCUAAACUAACUUUAUAUAUACUGGAUAGCUGUCUCAGUUUGAAACUAUUCUUCUUGAAUGUAUUCCUCUAUUUCCUGUAGUGUCUGGUAAAUAAACUUGCCAUCUUAAACUGUGAAGAUUUCAAGGGAUUUCUGGGUAUUGGAGACGAGAGCCAUACAGACUUCAGAAGGCAUAUUAGUGUUGUUCCAACAUUGCCCAAUGUUCCAAGGAUUGAUAAAGUACGUGGAAAUCCAAUGAUUCAAAUUGCUGCUUUGUUUAAUAGGCUCUGUCCCCCCCGUAGACAAUUUUGGGCAAAAUUUUGAAUUUCCUAAAACGUGUUUUUAUGAGUUGUUUUAAUGAAAGAAACGAUCUUUGACCAUUGCUGCAACAUUUGGAGCAGUUUUGGGCAAAAUUUUGAAUUUUGAAAAAAGCAUAAUUUCACCAGAUAUUAGAUAAAUAUUAUUGAUUAAUACAAUUAUGUUUUGUCAAUUUCAUAGAAACUGCAGAAAAAAGUAACAAAGUUUAUCGAUCAUAUCAAGACAGCUUUUGAUACAGGUAAAAUAAAUAUGAAAAUGAUAUAAAUGGUAAAAAUGUGAUAAAUGGUAAAGGUGGGUUACUUUUCUGUGUCAGGUCCAGUGGACGGUGAUAAGGAAGAAGAAUAUGAAGAUAUCAGACAAGUUUUGGGUGAAGAUAAAACAUCGCAAGAUGAGAUCAGAACAUUUGCCAUUUGUUCUCAGGGAUGUAAGGUGGGUUGUGUGACGACUAAUGCCAACUCUUUCACAAUUUCCAAUAGAGCUUUUUCAUAAUGACUUCAAACGUGGAUAAACACUUAUUGUAAUGCGAUAUCCUACAGGACAAUUUUAACCGACGAUUCACACGACAAGUCAUCGCCAUGAAGCUAUUCGAAUUUCAUGAAACAUUUGCAUUGCAAACUGUUGCUAAAUUAGUAUAAACAUUGACCUAUUCAAUAUUAAUAUAUCACAAUUAAGUGUUGAAUGGACCUAUUACCCAAAAAGCAAAAUUUUGAUCGCAACAAGUCUAGACAAAUAUUUCACCACAGCUUGAAAGUGCAUCACAAAAUUAGUAAUAUUCCAAAAUUUCGUUGCAAAAUGUUGUAAAAUGCGGAUAAUAUAGCCCUGCGAAGUUUGUCAUUUUGUAUUACGCACGGGAAAUUGAUAACGCUUUUUGAAAAAGGUAUCAAUUUCCCGUGCGUAUAAUACACAAAAUGACUUAAAAACGGCAAACUUCGCAAGGCUAUAUUAUCCGCAUUUUACAACAUUUUGCAACGAAACUUCGGAAUAUUACUAAUUUUGUGAUGCUCUUCAAGCUGUGAUAAAAUUUUUGUCUAGACUUGUCUAGAACAAAAUUUUGUUCAUUAGGUAAUAGGUCCAUUGAGUUUCAUCAAUAUGUUUCGAAAUGAUUACUCUGAUAGUGUGACCCAAUUUUGGACUUUGUAAUAUUAAAAUAUUUUCGUUCAAAAUUCCUAGUUGAACCACAGUUGCUGUUAUUCAGACAAUUGUUUCCACACUUUCAUACAACAACAGCACGAUGCAAACCAAGCCACGACAGAACACCCCACACCAGAAACCAUUCAGCAAGCAAAAGAAAUCCCAGCUACCAGGCUUAAUUCAGAGAAAACUUGCGCAGAAAAUGGUCAUGCUAAAAAUGGAAAACCUUUGUCGAAUUCCAACCAGUUAAACCGCUCAAAAAUUCCAAGAAAACGAAGUACCACAUCGCCUGUUUUUAGUAAUGGUGGUUCUGAUUCAUGUGACGGUCAAAAGCAAGGGACGACCAAUGCAUUGACAAAAACUGUUCUUAACCUGAGCUGUUAUCUGUUGGAGAAACACGAAUCUUGGGUGUGUUUAGAACCCGUUCAGGAAUCUGCUACUGCUGUGUUUGGUUGUUUUCUUGAAUGGUAAGUUCACAGGCACACUGUGGUACCACUCAACCAUGGAUGGCCCUUACUGGUCCUUUAGGGAGAACAAUUUAAAACUGGUAGAUUUAUCCAGUAUAAAGUUAGUUUAGUUCGAGGUUGAACGUUCCUUAAUUGUCAGUCCUGUGGUAAUAAGGGAUGGCGCUUACCGAAUUUCUAGGGAGAACAUUUUAGACCUGAUAGAGCUACCCAGUAGAAAUAUAGGUUAAAGUCUGAUUCACUUUAGGUGGAUAGAAGGUUUAUUAUCCGAGCUGGUCAGUGAAGAACAAUGGCAGUAUUACCUGACAUUAUUGACAGACACCGUAUGGCCAGGGGGUGAACUCAUGACAUCCUCAGAAGAGGACAAAACUGAGGAGGAAAAAUUAAAGACGAAAGAAGAAGCCAUUCAGACCUUGAGUAAUUUCUUUGGAGGUAAAUAUAGGUUGUGUUGUCAAACACUAUUUCAGUUCCAUAUGAUGUUUAUGUUCGUUGCCACCAAUUGAUGCUUUUGGAUAACUGAGAAACAAUAUACUCUUGUGACCAGUAUUAGGAUAAUGUAAGAAAAGAAUGAAUAAAAGGCAAAUUGGGUGUCAACUGUCAUAAACACAUUUUAGUUGAUUUGGUGUUUAACGGGAAUUUCUAUUAUUGAAUUUCUACCAUUGAUAUUAUAAGGAAGAGGUUAUUUCACUGGCCUAGCUCAAAACGGUGACAAAACGUAACAAAGCAACGGUUUUACUAACACUAACCCUAUGUCAAACACCAACUCUAACCUUAAACCUAAUCCUUACCCUACUCCAAGUUUGUUUCUAAACCAAUCUUGAAGAAAAAGGUUUUCACGAAAUGUCAUUCUGAUCGAGGUCAGCGAACUAACCUUUCUUUUGAUUUAUAUUUGUGGUUUUUGCUUUGUGUAUAGCUGUUCUCCACACUGCCAUUGGAACAGAGGCUAUAGAGUGUUCCGCCAGAGAAAUUGUAGAGUCUUUACAGAAUACAGAAAUUAACAGGUGAGUAAAUAUGCAAAGUCAAAGAUAUGCCACUUAAGUGAUUAAUUAAGUUGCAUUGUGCUGCAGUGCACCCUACUUUAAUAUUGUACUCUGUCUAUGCCAGACGAAUUUAAUUUAAUUUAUCUAACUUUGCGUUGGUAACAAUAUUAAUGAGUUAAAGAAACCCAUCAAAUUACUAUAUCUAUAAAUCAAGGCAGGAUUUCCGCAACAGCUAUGUCCAAUUACUGCGGAUCGUUCUUAACAAUACUUAAUAAACUAGUUAAGUUUACUGAACAGUAAACGACUAAAUAGUUAAAUCAAUCAGUCAAUUAAUGAACUGUUUAAUUGACAUGUUCAAUCAACCAACCAGAGAUCAAUCAAUCAGACACUAAAAAAUAUUUUACCAUUGGUAAAAGCAAAACCCUUCCAUACAAUGUAAUAAAUAGUAAGACUUACAUAACAUCUUACUCAUAAAUCUAGAUCGUAAAUCUUACUCAUCAAGCGGAGUACACUGGUGCCCAAUGGGUUAAGUCAGACUAUUUGCCCAUGUGUCUAGUUAACCCCAUUAUUAAGUUGCAUUGUGCCCUAAUGCAUUUUAUUUUAUUUUGUCUAACACUCAUCAAGAAGACAGUCCUGCAUGGCGCUCAAAUGCUAAUCGCAUAGACCAUCCAAAAUGCUUCUGAUCUUUCUCUUUGUAUAGGCAAGUUCUGUUGGAAGUCUUCGAAGUGAUUUUGGCCGAGGUGUUUCCAGAGUUGAUGGAUGAAAAAGACUCUUAUUUGUCUUCAAGAAAUUGUUAAAGCUUGUAAAUUAAAUGUGAAGUAAAAUGAUUUUAUGCUCAUGUCUGGAAAGUAUAUUGAGAUACUGCAGGCUAACGUGCCAAUUUGUGUUAAAAAUUGUAAAUAAAUAAAUAUAGAGUUUAUUUAUGAAAUGUAGUAUAAAUUAAAUGGUGUUAAAUUAGCAAAUAAAGUGAUUAUAACAUAUUUGAGAAUGUGAGUGGGGGGAUUUUGGAGGGGAUACUCUGUAGUGAUAUGUGAAGGGUUUAAGUAAGAGAGCAAGUAGGGAGGGGGGUGUAAAUAUAUUAUUGGGCACAGGUUUUGG